GUCUCCUAUGCACACUCUAAUGUGCUGGCUAAUGUUUGGUGGGGGACGUUGCACGCACUUGACAGUGAUAGCUAGCUUAUGUUCAGAUGAUGCAUGCAUGUAGGUCAGAUGACAGUUUUAACUUGUAUGACCAUAUUUGUUGGUAAGGGCAGCUAACUUUAUGCUUGGAAUUCUUCAAUCUGGUAAGGUGUGUUGUAUGUCUCACAAUCGACAUUUUAAUCUUACACAAUAUGCUGGGAUAACGAACAUUGUGGAAACAGCAGCCAGGUAUAGUGACACUUUGGAUCACCGUGUGUUGUACUUGGGUGUGCUGAUGUGUUUGUUGUUCACCAGGUCGCACAUUUCAAGCUUUUAGAGCUAUCUAUGCGAGGCUCGUGCAAGCGUGUCCUGCCUGUCGCGAGGAACCAUGUCGAAGCAGGGUGCUUGUAUGAUUGGUCGUAGUUGAGUCUCCGGUGUUUGGCAAGUAAAAACUGAGUUGAGGGGUUGUAGACGUUUUUCGGUUGGGAUUGGGCAAUACUACGGCAGCCGUGCGACCAUAUGGUGGUCGGGUGAGAUUCUGAACGUAUUUGUCAGAUUGGCCGUUGGCUGGACAAGUUCCUGUCCUAAGCUACAGCCGUCAACCUAGUCGAAUUAGUGUGGUCAUGUCAUGCCAGGAAAUGGUCAGUAAAGUCAUGACCUGUAAUGUUGAAAUGAAGCCUGGAUGCUGGAUAAGGUUACACGUAAUUUCGAAUAACGCAGCCUCUUCUCUGCUGUAACCGUCUUGGGUUGUCUGUCUGUAGGGGGAGUGGCUGUUGUUUACCUUCAGAAAAGUCUGCGCUCCCUUUGCGAAGGGGCGAGGGAGGGAGAGAGGGGGGCGGGUCAUCAUCUGUGAUGCGCAUGACGAGCCUAGCUGCAUCCUCUUUUGCAAUUUUGGUGGAGCCUCGGAUAGUUUUUGGGAUUAAAAACAUUUUUUUUCUUUUUCUUCUUCUGUAUGGACUACAUGAAACUCAGAUAUGCGUGUACAAUUGCAUGGAAAUUCAGCGACACUCUGGGGAAUUGGAAGUCCGAGCAUUUCAAGGGAUUAACAUAGUUGCAUAAUCUGACAGCAACGAGAUGGAGAGUGUGGUGAAGAAGAGGAGAAAGUAUUCGACGAGCAGCAAUGACUCAGAUACCACUGACAGUCAUGUUACGUCCUGGUCAAAGUCCUCAAAGACGACCGGCACCAGCAGCACAUGGGCUCGGCAGGAGCAGAAGAAACCCUCAGAGGUGUUCAGGACGGACUUCAUCACGGCGAUGAAGCUGCCGGACUCGGCCCAGCUGGCAUGCGAGGAGUUCUACGUUCUGUCGGACCCCUGGAGGCAGGAGUGGGAGAAGGGGGUCCAGGUGCCCGCCAACAUGGACGCCAUUCCAGAACCCUCGGUCAGAAUGCUUCCGGAGACCAACCGCAUCCCCUUCUACUCCACGCCACACGCCAGACUACAUACGGACUCGGAGGCGCGGAACCUCGGCGAGCCGCCCACGCGAUACGACCUGGACGAUCUAGAUGUGGCCUGGCUGGAGCUGGUCAACGCUGAGUUCAGAGAACUGGCGUUGCCAGAGCUGGAUGAGCUGAGCAUGGAGCGCGUCCUGGAGGAGCUGGAGCGGCAGUGCCAGGAGAAGAUGCAGCUGGCCAUCGAGACAGAGGAGGGGCUGGGCAUCGAGUACGACGAGGACGUGGUGUGUGACGUGUGCCGCUCGCCCGAGGGGGAGGACGGCAACGAGAUGGUCUUCUGCGACAAGUGCAACAUCUGCGUGCACCAGGCGUGUUACGGGAUCCUGAAGGUGCCCCAGGGGAACUGGCUGUGCCGCACCUGCGCGCUGGGGGUGCAGCCCAAAUGCCUCCUGUGCCCCAAGCGAGGUGGCGCGCUCAAGCCCACGCGCAGCGGCACCAAGUGGGUCCACGUCAGUUGUGCCUUAUGGAUCCCAGAGGUAAGCAUUGGCUGUCCAGAGAAGAUGGAGCCCAUCACUAAAGUGUCUCACAUCCCGGCCAGCCGCUGGGCCCUCUCCUGCAGCCUGUGUCGAGAGCACACCGGCACCUGCAUACAGUGCUCCAUGCCGAUGUGUGUGGUGGCAUUCCACGUGACGUGCGCGUUCGAGAACGGCCUGGAAAUGCACACCAUCCUGGCGGAGAACGACGAGGUGCGCUUCAAGUCCUACUGCCUGGAGCACAGCUACACCACCACCACCACCGUCACCACCACCACCACCACCAGUGUCACCUCCGCCAUCGCAGACAACCGGUCCACCACCACCACCAACGGAGGAGGAGGAGUAGUAGGAGCAGUGGUAGGGCUAUCGGAGCGUCCCGAGCGACGGCUGGCCAUCGACGUGCCCACGGCGGACCGCCAGAAGGCCAGCCAGCGCAAGCAGAAGCUGCAGGAGCUGGAGGACGCCUUCUACCGGCUGGUGGAGCCGCGCGAGGUGGCCGAGCGGCUACGGCUGCCCGACGCCCACGUGGACUUCCUCUUCCAGUUCUGGAAGCUGCGGCGGAAGGCCAACUUCAACCAGCCGCUGGUGGUGGCCAAGCGGGACGAGGUGGACAACCUGGCGCAGCAGGAGCAGGACGUGCUGUACCGCCGUCUCAAACUCUUCACCCACCUCCGACAAGACCUGGAGAGGGUGAGGAACCUGUGCUACAUGGUGACGAGGCGUGAGAAGAUGAAGCACUCCCUGUGUGACGUGCAGGAGAAGAUCUUCCACCUGCAGGUGCAGCUCCUGGAGAAGGACCUGGCAGGAGAUAAGACGCUGCGCGGUGAGCGGGGCAGGAAGCAGAACGGCGUGAAGGAGCGGUCCAGGGAGCGGCGCGGAGGCGGAGGAGGAGGAGACUCCACCAAGGAGCGCUGGAAGGCCGACAACGGCUCUCUGCUGCGCCAGCUGGGCGUGCCUCUGGACGGCUCCCUGUUCGACAGCUGGCUGGCCCAGUCGGUGCAGAUCACGGCGGACGACAUGCUGGGCCGCUGGACGCUGCAAGGACCCGACUCCCCCUCCUCCUCCCCCACCUCUCCUUCCCCCACCCUCACCCACACCUCCUCCAGCCACCACCACGGCACGCGGCGCGGCGGAGGAGACACCGCCGCCACCACCCCCUCCACCACGGCCGCCAGCCUGCUCUCCCACCAGCUGCAGCAGGGCGAGCAGAACCUGCUCAAGCUGAUGAUGGACCACUCCAUGCAGUCGGCCUGGAAGACGCCACAGCUGGGCCGCAAGGUCAAGCCAAGGUCGGGCUCCUCGUCCUCGGCCUCGGCCGUUGCCGUCACCGCCGCCACCAAGCCUCGCGCAGGACGCCCAGCAGCGCACAAGGACUGCAACGCCUCUUCGCCCACCUCCUCGCAUGGCUAUAGUGGUGGGGGUGGUGGUGGUGGAACUCCCGGGGUGGGGAAGGGGGGUGGGGUGCGGGCGGUGUGUGAGGAUGGUGGUGGUGGAGGAGCGGGACACGCUGGGGGUGGGAGGCGUGGGGAGAGGGUUCGAGCCUCCAGAGCCUUGCUCCACCACCACAACCACCAUCAUCACCAUUAUCACCACAACGCCACGUCCCGCUACACUGGCUCCCCCGAGGCCCCCACCGUGGAGCCUCUCCAGCCCCCCACAUCCAAGAUGGACUCCUGCCACAUCUCCGAGGAGCGAGGCGGCUCGUGGCAGCAGCUAAACACAGCAGUGGAAACGUCUGCGUCGGCACCCAACCCCCCAGAGUCCUCCACCACCACACCCAACGGCACCAAGAGGCCGUCUCUGCGGCCUCGCUCCACGCGACAGGGCCGCUCCCGCUCGAAGGGCACGGAGUUUCUAGAGCCCGAUCGAAAUGGGGUCGGAGCGGAGGAGCCGGCCGUGUCUGCGGUGACCUUGAGCGCGUUUGCCGCGGCCUCCGGCACCAACGGUUACUUCUCGGACGCUGACCGAAACGGCGCCGCAGACUCGCGUCCCCCCGCCGUCGCCAGCCGCAAGCUCCGCCUGGCCCAGUUGCAUGCUGGGAAUGAGGAAGUGUUGCGACGCGGCGUGCUGGCCUCUUGAGUUAGGCCGGUGGACAGAACGGGAAGGAAGGGUGUAUCUCCUGCUGCCAUGGUUACAGGCACCACACCACACCACCCACCAACAGCAAACCCACCAAUCUGCUCUCAGUAACAGUGUCCACACAGCUCCAGACUCUCCUCCGUUUUGCUUACCUUGUCUGUCCCAAUAGACUGCUUUGUACAACCAAAUCUGUAUAACCAAUCCUGUCAAAUCUGCUUCACCCAGGAGCUGUUGUCUGUUCUAGUCCUAAUAGGUGGUUUUAGUCCUUUUGGCUGCAUUAAGGCAACAUAACCAUUUGUGCUUUUGAACCAUCAAACAAACAAACAAAAAAGGAAGGAGAAAUUUUAUGUUGGAAGGGAGAUUUUUAUGGGGAGAAUGGACCUCAGCCUAGCUGUCGCCAUUUUCAGUUUUUUUAAAAAAUUUUAGUCCUUUUUGUUUGGAUGGUGAAGAGGACAUGGGAAGCCAUGUGAUGUGUUCCACUGGCAGCUUUUCUCUAACGGGGCAGGAAGCCCUGGGUUCAAAGGGGAGAGGAUUCAUUAUUAUGGGCAUUAUAUAUAUAAUAGAUCUACAUAUACUUUAGCUGGUUAGCAUUCGGUUCUUCCUCAACAGCGAACCUGAGGUGAGUUUUUGAGUUGGAUACACUUAACAAGCCCAGUGGAUGGUGUCUCAUUGGAAGCCUUGCUGUUGUUGGUGUUGUUUGAACUUGUUGUACAGAGAAUAUCUAUCAAGAGUUCUAAAGCCUAUAAAAAAAGCACAAUUAGUUCACAACAGGGACUGUGGAACAUUGAACACUCACCGACAGACAAAAGACGGACGAAAGCAACUACACACAAACACAUUCACACCUACACUUCUGUACGCAUACACACACACACACUUAACGUAGACACACAAACACACACGCACACAAACACACACACACACACAUACACUUAAGCAGACACACAGGUGUACGAAACCUGUAAUCAGACACUCCUAUAACACGGAUAAAGAGGAAACAUCAAAGCGAAUACCCUUCUUGAUUUGUAGCCUAUUAAGUUGAAGUGGACGGUCUUUGAUGAUCCACACAGGGCACUCUGAACCCCCCCUCUCCUGUCAUCCCCGAGCAGGCGUACACAUAAUAUCAAAGCCUGAUCUUCAAUCUCCAAUUCUUCUUUAAUGACAAAGGUGCCUUCUGUCGUCCCACCCCCCUUAAACAAGGUAAAUAAUCAUGUACUAAAUGUUAAAAAAAAAUGUUACAAUCACAGGAACAUUGAUGAAAAAUGGAAAUCAGCAAAUGAAAACAGCAGGUCCCAAUCUUUUUAUUGUUAGUGCCUAUGGUAUAUGCCUAAAAAACGUAUAUGAAUGCAGCAUUUGCCAUUUCUUUGUCAACCCAGCGACAAACAAACAAAAAAACAAAACAAAAAUAUCAUUACCCUAAGCAAAUUGCUGCUAUGAAAUGACGGAAAAAACAAAGACCAUGCCUCCUGUCCGGGAGUAAAUCAUAGGAUUCGUGUGUGUGUCUCUAAACCCAAUAGGUGAAAAUCAUGCUCUUUGUAAAUGGCUUUGUGCUCAUGCAUUUGUUUGUCUUUUUGCAAGUUGUAUUUUAUACUUCUAGUGGUCCAUGGUAUUUUCUCAGGGUUAAAGAUAUGAGGUUUGAAAAAAAAACUCAAAUCGAAGAGAAGUGAAGCAGAUGUUUUUCGUGUUUUUUGUACACCGACGCAUAAAGAAAAUGCUCCUUUGGCAAAAGUCACUGUUUGAAAUCUGACUACUGAGGGUGUUCUCUCUGAGCUAAAAGGCUGUUUUUUAUUGUUUUUUGUUUCGUUCCUUUUUGGUGUUUGUUUCAUGUUUUUUUGUUUACUUUUUUGUAAUUGAUUUCCGCUUCGCCAAUGCCAAAGAUCAGUGCGUUGACCACAGCACCAUGUAAAAAAGCUCUCUCUCUCUCCUGUCAAGAAGCAAAACCUAGCACUCACGUCGAUACAAUCCAAAGAGAGAGAGAGCUCUGUGUUUUCAUCUUCGAGCCAGCAGGGUGCGUUUUUGGGGGGGCUGCACCCUCCCUCGCUCCCCAUUCCCCACCAAGCGCACCAGGAGUUUGUACUAGGGUUUGCAUCCAUGGCCCCCAAACCCCUUUACCGCUCUGUCCCUCCAAACCCCAGCAGUGCAUCAUUAAGCAGGCGCCCCUCCCCCAUCACAGGGACAGGGCUGCCAAUAGCUGGACCGUUGCAUCAUGAGCCACAGGGCACCACAUACCGGUAUACCACACCACACCUGGCUGCACGUCCGUAUUGCCACCCGAACUUAAACACCCCAACACUGUUACUUAAUCAAAUACCCCAACACCGGCACUUAAUCAAAUACCCCAACACCGACACUUAAUCAAAUACCCCAACACUGUUACUUAAUCAAAUACCCCAACACCGGCACUUAAUCAAAUACCCCAAUACCGGCACUUAAUGGUCAACUUCCCCAACUUUGGCACUUAUGACAUGCCCACCCACCCCAACUUCUGGCACUUCUGGGUUCUGUUCAGAACACAGACAUUACUCUGGUUUCUGUCUCUCUCUUUCACACACACACACACACACACACACACACACACACACACACACACACACACACACACACACACACACACACACACACACACACACACAAACAUUCUGAAGUGUUUCUGUAAGGACAUCAGUCCUUCAGGACAGUAUUACGGUAUGGCUGACCAGAUCUCUGUCUGGUCUGCUCUGGUCUAUAUAGACUCGACUCGACUCCGCUCUUUAGCGGCGGUUAACUCGGUAUCAGUCUGUUGGAGUCAAGGGGAGGGACUUCACUGUAUCCCCCUUGGCCCUUCAGAGCCACCCAUCCCACCCCUCUACUCCUCCACUGGUGGCAAAGACAGCGACUGGGCCCAUCACUGGGGUUCAGUACUCAUGAACCGUUUAGUAGUGUUUUAGGUUUUAGUUUUGGUUCAGUUUUUUUUCUUACAUGUAGUCCAUGUAGCCAGGUUGCCGAUCCGAGGUUUUGGACGGUCACGUCGUAGAGAGCAGAUUCAGUAGCCGCAGUGUAACAGCUGCUCACAGAAAAAAAAAAUGGUAGACUUGACUUUUACUUCAACUUUUUUGUCAGUUCCGUAUCUCUCAUUUUUCAUUUUAUUACCUUUCAUUUUUGUUGCAAGUUGUAACUGGAGUCCAGUGAUACUGCAGUGUGUAGUCUCUGGAUAGGGAAGAAGCAGAGGAGAAGGGCAUAUCCCAUUGUAACAAUUUACCACACUGGGACCAAGGGCUCUUUCUCUCUCCUGCUCCAGCCUCCGCUGACACCAUCUGUGAGGCAGCCAUAGUCCCGUCCUCGGAGCUACACUCUCCUAACUACUGUACCAGGCCUGUGUCCAUCAGCUGUUUGGUCUCGUACGGACUUAAACUCCAAACUUCGUCCCGUACUACAGAUGUUAACUCCAGGCUGUAGUGGAACUGCCAUGUAUCUGGGUUUUUUUUAGUAGCAUCAACAGUUAUUGUAUCAUACCGUACUACUACUACUAGCACCGCUGUUAAACCUUCCCCCUUUCCAACCCCCCCAGUGUAAAAGGCUUGCCUAGCUGUUUCAUACCGCUUCAACCAUAACGUCCUACUAUAACAAUGACUUAGUACUCUCACUCUCUGUCUCGAGUCUCUCUUUUAGUCCGAACGCUUCCGUACUGCCGCAUGUGCUGCGCCUUGGCCUCAACACCCACAAACCAAUGCUUCCUGUCUCCUUACAAACCCACACCGACCACCGCACCACCACCAUUGGGAAAAAGCACAGCAGGGAGAGAGACUAUUGCUGGCAGUAAAGCGCCAAAUUAUGAGCUGAGAGAUGAUUUAUUGAGUGUAGGGUACGGAGUGCGUUCCCCCAUUCAGCAAGGGGGUUAGUGGCGUCAGGCGAAUUCCUCUGGUAUGGACCCGUCACCGCAGUCCCAACCUCUGGGGCUGUGCAGGGGGCCUCUUCUUUCUGUCUGAUUGUCAGGCCCUUGGAGUUUCAGUGAUGGUUAACCAGGAUUCAUUACUUACCAUUCAGCGGCACACAUUCCAAAUGAUCUGGGUUGCAUUUCUCGAAAGCAUAGUUGCUAACUACGGUAGCUACUUUGUUAGUUGCAAUGCAAAUUUCCCAGUGGCAACUACCCAAGUUGCUAAACUACGCUUUCGAGAAAUGCACCCCUGGUUUUACCUGUCCAGUUCAACCAGGUGAUAGCGCUUGAUUGGGCAAUCACCUUGCUUAACUGUACAGGUAAAACCAGGUGAUUUGGAACGAGUUGCACUGGAUUGUAAGCUAAUGAGUCCAUGUUGCCCAUCAUUGCUGAAUUCCUCCAGAUGGAAUCCCCUACUCUCGAAUGUGCAUGAUGGGAGAGGCUGCAGAGCAGGAUUCUGGGUAAAUGGGGCUCUCCUGUGCCUUCAUUUGUGUCUUUGGCAGCUAGAGGUUCUUGCACACUGCUCACGCAACGGCCAUCAAACCCCUAACUGUUUCCAAAAGCUGGCAGUUUGGUGGUUGUUGACAGUUCCACAACAGCAACGUUCAAGCUCCACUUAACACUUCCCAUGAUUGAGAAAGACUGACUUUUUUGGAACCUGUCAGAGGUAGUUACUCCAUCCAGAGACUUUGGUUGGUGGAGCGUAGCGAUUCAACUACAGGUUGCCUGUUGUUGAUUGUUGCCAUUUUUUCAGAGCAGUGUGCAAGCAUCCUCAACAGGCACAAAAGGGAACCACUGCAUUCAACCACUCGCAUUUUCUCGUACCGUACACUUGGUCAGAUCUCCACCUGUCCUUUCAAAGGAAAGGCUUUUUGUUUGCUUUUUUUGUUUCUCUUUAGCGUAAGGACACUGGUACACAAAGUUAUUGUGUCCAGUCUUUCGGAAGUGUUCUUAGUACGGUCGACUCUCUAGCUGGUUCUGUUGUAUCCUACUGGCUUUGGCAUUUGAGGCUUUGACCCGACCCGACCUGACCCCUGACCCCAGACGCUGACCCAACCCAACCCAACCCGCAUGCACCCAAAGGCCUGCUUUCAGGUCCAAUCUUUGCACUCAGCUGCUGCACUAUGGUCAAUCAAUCAAUCAAUCAGUCAGUUAGUUAGCCUCUGUCUUCAAGCCAAGAAGCGGGCGCAAACUUCCAUGUAUCAUGCAGCACUGUGCUUACUUUGCCUAAAAAGCCACCACCACCAAUCACCAAUCCUGCCCCAACAUCCUCCAUUCUAAAACAAAACAAAAAAAACAAAAUACAAAAACAAUCUGAUUGGGCCGUGCCAGCAGCGUGUCAUCAUUCCGCGCCAGGCCCACUUGUUUUCACUCUUCUGUCAGGCACAUUUUCAUAUUCAAUCAGCAGAUCACGCUCUCUCUCUCUCUCUCUCUCUCUCUCUCUCUCUCUCUCUCUCUCUCUCUCUCUCUCUCUCUCUCUCUCUCUCUCUGUCUGUCUCUCUGUCUGUCUCUCUAUCUAUCUAUCUAUCUAUCUCUCUCUCUCUCUCUCUCUCUCUCUCUCUCUCUCUCUCUCUCUCUCUGUCUCUCUCUCUCUCUCUCUCUCUCUCUCUCUCUCUCUCUCUCUCUCUCUCUCCCUCGCUCUUUAGACGUGAUUGGGAGCCACCAACGGGGCCUUGCCAUCACACAGUGGGGCAGUCCCCAAACAUACACACACCCGCACCACAUAACGUUCACCCCCUACACACACCCACACACACCCACUCGACCCCCUUCAGGCUCCUGUCAUCGCUGCCGUGUCUCCAUUCCUCACGCGUUUUAGGCUCUGCGUCAAAGUUAUCGAUAUGAUAAAAAUAUGAAUGUUGCAGGAGUUUAUCCUUCUGUGUUCUUUGUUUCAAAGAAUGUUGUGCCAUUUGUUAAUAGCAGAGAGAAAUAUUGAACAUAUAUUGAAAAAAAGAAGAGCUAUUAUAAAUUAUUUUUUUGGCUUUUUUUGCUAUAUUUAUUUUCUUGUAUUAGAAAUCUUCUUUGUAGGAGGAAACAGACAAAAAAUGUAUUUUUCAUUAGUGCAAGAACCUAUUUUUUCCUUUUUGUACAUUUUUCCAUGUUAAGCAAUCUUUGAAGCAAUAUGAUGUUUCGAUGUUACUAUACCUGCAUGCUGUUUGUGUUGCCUUAACGACGGCUGUGUCUACUUUGGCCCCUCCCACCUGCCCAUCACUCGCCCGCACUCUGGCGUGGUUGACCAGUGCAGUCAAUAAACCAGUGCUUUCUGUGUA